AUGGGGCGGAAAACAAAAGGCGGCAAGGAUGCAGAUGAUGGCGACGAUGGCAAUGCCAUGCAGGACAUUCGCAGCACGUUUCAAAGGCUGCAGGCAAUGAUGGCCAUGACCAACCCCACGAUGUUCGGGACGGGCGGCAGCAACGGCAGCAAGCCGCCUCUCAAUCCGUUGAACAUGGCCAUGAUGGGUGGAAACCCAAUGAUGUCGCAGAUGGCGAUGCAGGCGCAGGUCAAUGGCGCUAAGGCGGCGUCCGCCGCCACGGCGCCCCAGGGCGGUGCCACGGACGUCAAGAAAUUAGAGAUUAAACCCGGGUUGAAGCCCGGUGAUUGGACGUGCCCUCAAUGUGGCGCAAACGUCUACGCGUCCAGGUUCCAUUGCUGGAGAUGUGGAUUUUCCAAGCGAGGGAAUGGAGAACAAGAGUACAUCUCCGAGCAUGGCAGGAUCCACCCGGACAUCCAAGAGCUGUGUGAUGCAUUCUAUGUGGAGACACGGCACAUCGAGAAGUUGAACGAGCUGAUGAAGGAUCGUCCUGACACAUGGGAGGAAGACUUACGAAAGCUUCGCGAGGUGAUGGAGAAGGCACGCUCGCCAUGCGGAAUGCUCGUCACGAAAAUGAAAGAGAUAGAAGACGGGACUUUUGUGGCAGUGAAUCGCGACAAGAGAAUGAAACACCUCGUUGAUAAGUUCAAACUGGACAAGAUAGCAGAGACCAGCAUUUCAGACAUCCUUGCGCGAUGUUCUGAAGAGAAGAAGGGCGAAUAUUACUACGACCUGGAGCGGCAUUUCGAAUGUUCAGGGAAACCAUCAGCCACUGCCAUGAUGAUCAUGAAGAAGAUGGCAAAUGGAGAGCCCCUUGGCCCACCAGGAAAACCUGGCAAGGGCAGCUACCUGGAAAGAUUGCAGAAUGAGGGCAAUCAGCGUGGUGGCAAAGGAGGGGAAGACGACAGAGACCGUGGCCGCGACCGCUCUCGAGAUCGCGGCUACGGCGAUCGCCGUGACCGCCGCGACGGACGUGACGGUCGCCAAGAGCGGGAUCCGCGAGACGGCCGCGAGGGUCGCCCUGGCAGAGACGACCGAAGAGACGAUCGAAGGGACGACCGCCGGGACGACCGCCGAGAGGACCGCCGCGAGGACCGCCGAGAAGACCGCCGGGAGGACCGCCGAGAGGACCGGGACCGUCGCGGAGAGGAGCGACGGGCUGAGGAACGGCGACGGGACAGUCGCGAGCGAUCAGACCGAAGAGAGCGCAAGGGAGCUGGACGGGGAAAGGGAGCAGAGGAGGAGCGCGGCCCUGUUUCCCGUGAUUUGAAGCCCUUUGUUCCCCAGCCGAAAGGAAUGGAAGCACCAGAAAGGGGCGAAGGUUGCCCGGAGGCGGUUGGACUCCAUGGAAAGGCCGCCGCUGAAGCACUCCAAUCCGGGGCUGAGCGCGUGCGCCGCGAGCUGCAGGCCAACCUCCAAGCCAUGAUCCGGAAGGCCAUCGCCGAGGGCCGACCUAUGGAGGAGUGGACAGCCUGA